AUGGGGAGACGAGGGAAAGGGAGGCAAGGACAAGGGAGAACAAGGGAGGACAAGAGAGGACAAGGGAGACGAGGACAAGGGAGGAUAAGGGAGGACAAGGGAGACGAGGACAAGAGAGACGUGGACAAGAGAGACGAGGACAAGGGAGACAAGGACAAGAGAGACGAGGACAAGGGAGACGAGGACAAGGGAGGACAAGGGAGGACAAGAGAGACGAGGACAAGGGAGGAUAAGAGAGACGAGGACAAGGGAGACGAGGACAAGGGAGGACAAGAGAGGACAAAGGAGGACAAGGGAGACGAGGACAAGGGAGACGAGGACAAGGGAGGAUAA